GUAUACAGAUAAAGGCUGAGGGGAAAAAUAAAAUUAUACAGAUAAUAAUAAUAGACCCAAAAAGAAUUUUAUAAGGAAAAAUGUUUUCUCCAAAAAACAGAUAAGGCGAAAUAAAAGGAAAAACAAUAUUAUAAUAACAAAGAAAAAAACCGCUCUCUGGGAAAAAAAAAUGAAAAUAGGAAGAAUAUGUUGGAAAUGAAGUAAGAAUUACAGAAAAUGCCACCGGAGGCAACCUCCAUAAGUAGUCCAUCUUCCCUCCAUUCUUUCUUUCCUCUUCAUCCUUCUUCUCCCUCUCUCUCUCGUCUCUCCCUCCUUUCCUUCCCUUUUAUUCUCUCUUUCACAUUGUUUCUGGCUUUAAAUUAAGGCUGUAAUACAGAGAAAUUUAACAAUGGCCGUGGGUUUUGCCUGCAUUGCUGCAUUGUUAGCAUUCACAUUCUUGGUAGCCGAAGCCAGAAUCCCAGGUGUCUACUCCGGCGGAGCUUGGCAGACUGCCCACGCCACCUUCUACGGCGGCAGUGAUGCUUCCGGCACUAUGGGUGGAGCUUGUGGGUACGGAAACCUGUACAGUCAAGGCUAUGGAGUGAACAAUGCGGCGCUGAGCACGGCGCUGUUCAACAGUGGACUCAGCUGCGGGGCUUGCUUCGAAAUCAAAUGCGCCGACGCUUCUCCCCGGUAUUGCCACCCUGGUAGCCCCUCCAUCUUCAUCACCGCCACCAAUUUCUGCCCCCCGAAUUACGCUCUGCCCAAUGACAAUGGCGGGUGGUGCAACCCUCCACGGCCCCACUUCGAUCUCGCCAUGCCCAUGUUCCUCAGGAUUGCUGAGUACCGCGCCGGAAUUGUUCCCGUUACUUACCGCCGGGUGCCGUGCCGGAAACAAGGCGGGAUAAGGUUCACCAUCAACGGACACCGUUUCUUUAACUUGAUCCUGGUGACCAACGUCGCCGGCGCAGGGGAUAUCGUGAGGGUGAGCGUAAAAGGGACCAGGACCGGGUGGAUUAACCUGAGCCGAAACUGGGGGCAGAACUGGCAAACCAACGCCCUCCUCGUCGGACAGUCACUCUCCUUCCGCGUCACCGCCAGUGACCGCCGCAGCUCCACCUCCUGGAACAUCGCCCACCCUAACUGGCAAUUCGGUCAAACCUUCGUCGGAAAGAACUUCCGGGUCUAACCCCACCAAUUCGGGUUAUUCCCUCCAAUCCACGUUUACCCUUUUAUCUACUAUAUACUCCUUCCGUCUCAUAAUUAUUAUCCCGUGGGUUUUCAUUUUUAGUUCAAAUUGUAUUAAAAGUGAAAUCUCAAAUGGAACAAUAAUUUUGGGAAAAUGGGAGUACUAAUAGUCUACCUUUGUCUUUCGGCAAAUUGGGGGGCGGGCUUUCUUUUGACUUUUGGAACCAUUUGAUUCUUUUCUUUCUCUUUUUUUUUUUUUUUUUUGUUUCUGAUUUUGGGGGGGUUUACUUUUUAUUUUGUUCCCCUAAUCCUAUUUAUGUUGAACAAGUGAGAGGAUUGGUUUAGUCAUUGAUGGGGAUGAUGACUAAAGCGUAAAACUUUAAAGAAGGGAACCAACCAGUGGAGCUGAGGCGGCUGCAAAACCCAAAAACAGAUGUAGCCCGCAGCUGGAUUUGUGUUUGUGUUACUGCGUAACUACUACUAAGUAGUAGUUUUGUGUUAGUAUAGAGCAUUAGAUUAUAUAGUAUAGAAUUAGCAUAGUUCAUUACUACUACUGUUGUGGGGUUCAUUUUGUGUAUCACCCUAAUCUAGUGGUUUCUAGUUUAAGUACAAUUGGGUUGUCAUCAAUGGCAAAGGUGUGUUAUUUUGGGGUUACUAAUCUGCUUUUUGAAUUGUACUAUGACCUCUUGCUAUUACUGUAAUGACAAAUUGAAGCUUAAAUCUUUGAGCAAUUUUAUCUAUGUUUUCAU